AUGGACGUCAAGCCGCCCUCUCCGGCCGACGAGAAUGGCCUGAAACGGAAACGUAUUUCUCUCUCCCAACAUGACUUAAACCUGCACCUCGCCCGUCCCUUCGCCGCUCCUUUAUCCUUAUGCGUGGGUGUAUUGUGCGCACUUGCUGACUGCAUUGCUCUAGGUCCGGCUGCCUGUGUUCACUGCCAUCAGCGAAAAGUCCGCUGUGACGCGCGCACCGUUGGGGUCCCGUGCUCCAAUUGUAGGACGGCGGGGAAACUCGAUUGCCGGAUACACGAAAAGAAAAAACGAACUGCUUCUCGAUCCCUGCGCCAUCCCGUACCCAUUAGAUGCGCCCCGUUCCCCGAAACGGACGAGCCUCAUGCACAGGCAUCGCUAUCCCACCCGGUGUCGGAUUCACACCACACCACCAUGUCGAUACUAGACAUACCCGAGCCGAAGGAGGAGAUGUGCCCGGCAGCGUCGGUCAUGGACUACUCAGAGGCUGCAAACCCCGAUAUAUCGCCUGACGAGGACGAUAGCUCGGAGCGGGACAAGCAAUUGGCUAAAUUGAUAGACGAGGAGUCCACACACCGCAAGAUUCAAAAGGGCGUGAGAGUCAUCUAUGUCGGGCAGGACGUAUCAAACCUAAAUUUCCUUCUACGGCAGCAACACGUAGAUCGUGACGACGAAGUAUACCACUUCGCGACGAAUGAGAUAUCCAGGAAAUAUAUAGAGUGUGGGUUUGAACAGGUGCCGAGAGAUGCGUUCGUUCUCCCCGAGCAGGCUCUUGCUGACGAACUCGUUGACGCAUACUUCAAGCAUGUCAAUCCCGGGUUUCCCAUCCUCGCCGAGGAUAUAUUCAUGGCUCAGUACAGAGCGCGGGACCCAAACGAUGCUCCGUCUCUGCUCAUACUCCAGGCGGUGCUCUUGGCCGGCGCUCAUGUUUCUCGUCCGAGACCAAUGCGAGACACUCUAAAGGCCGCAUUCUUUCGCCGAGCCAAAAUACUAUUCGAAGCACGUGUUGAGCGCAAUAGAGACAUCAUGGUCCAGGCGGCUCUUCUGCUAACCUGGUAUUCAGAUCCAAUUGAUGACGAUGUAGCCGCAAACGCUCAUUACUGGGUGGGUGUCGCAGCUAGGAUAGCUACCGGACUAGGAAUGCAUCGAAACUCAGGCUCUAGCAUGAUAGUACCGCCUGAUAAACGAAUGUGGCGAAGAGCUUGGUGGAUCUUGGUGCAGUUCGACGUAAUGGUUUCCCUGCAGUAUGGUCGUCCACAAGCAAUAAACUUGGACGACUGUGACGUCGAACCGUUGAGCGCCUCCGACUUUGAAGGGUGCGGCAAAAACAUACAAAAGGACUAUGUCAUACAGUUCACCGAACUCUGCUGUAUGAUCUCCUUUAUAGUUCGAGAAAGGUUUGGCCUACGCAUCGCCCCCGAACGACGAAAGGUAAUCCUCUCCGAAGCCGACAAGGCUCUCGCGAACUGGUCCAUCAAACUGCCCGAUACCGUUCGCAUGUCCACCGCAGACAUGGAUGCCUGGCCCGCCUUGCUCCAUCUAACCUAUAACAACUUCCUCAUACUCCUCCAUCGUCCUCACCCACGCGCCUCGGCAGAUACCUACGCUCACAACGAUGCAGAGAUUUGCAGCGCCGCCGCCGGCGUUAUCGUGUCUAUAUUUGAAGAGCUCCGAGAAAAGGAUAGAAUCAAGUACCUCUGGUCGUCAUCCGUCAACACGCUGUUCACAGCCAUGAUCCAAAUUAGAGUUGAACUUCGCUUCUCGAAUCCUGUGCUAGCAAUCAACGCCCUUCGCCGCUUCGACUCGACUCUAGUCUCCCUCCGCUCGCUAUCAGAUUACUGGCAUAACGCAGAAAGCAUCUUGCAGCUUUUCGAAAGCUCCAAACGCCUAAAGCAUGAUAUGCAGAUGGUCAAGGCCAAACAGUCCGGCACCACCAGGCCUCGGGAAGGCGAUAGUGUCUCCAAAGCUACCGAGGGUCCAGCUUUGAACGUCGAAGUGCCGCCGCCACAAUCACAGCUACAAGGUUGGUGGCCUAAACCUCAAUUUGGCGAUAGGCUUAAUUACUUCACUCAUCCUGAUUCCAUGGUCCCUGUCAGCGGUCCCCAACCGCAGCAACCGCAGCAACCUCAACCACAACCGUCAGAACAUCUUGCAGGCAGGGGGCCAGACUGGAAGCAGCUAUUUACUUUUGCGGAGUCUGAACCGUGCGGAGCGGUUGUUCCUGAAAACCUUAAUGAUAUGGAAGAUGAAUGGCGCGAGCUUUAUUUGCAUGAUCCGGGGUUGACAGACUAUUUCCAGGAGAGCACAUGGUUGCAAAGCUAG